CUGUGCAGCGGCGGCCCCGGAGCGGCAGGGACCCGAGUAGGCGCGCGGCGGAGCGAGCAGCCGCGGGGCGCACGGGCAGGGGCGGCGGGAGCAAGAGAGGGGUCAGCCGGCCGGCGCGGGGACUCCUUCCCGCGCAGGAGCGCGAGCGCCGCGGACCAGCCGGCGCGCAACUUCGAAGGCGCACUCGGCGGGGCGGCCGGCGCGCGGGGCCGCAUGGAGGCCACGGAGAAAGAACAUCUGUUGGACGCCAGGCACGGAGCCCGGUCAUACAUGGGAUCUCUGUGGCAGGAUGGAGCUGGCUGGAUACCUCUGCCGCAGCCUGUCCUGGACUUGCCAGCCAUUGAGCUGGCUGCCCACAGCAAUCAUUAUUGCCAUGCCCAGAGGGCUCCUGAUACUCUCCAAGACCCCAAGAAGGAGCGGGCCCGGCGCCAGCUCUAUUUGGCCUCUGCCAUCUGCCUGGUGUUCAUGAUUGGGGAAGUCAUUGGUGGAUACCUGGCACAUAGCUUGGCGGUCAUGACCGAUGCAGCCCACCUGCUCACUGACUUUGCCAGCAUGCUCAUCAGCCUCUUCUCCCUCUGGAUGUCCUCCCGGCCGGCCACCAAGACCAUGAACUUCGGCUGGCAGCGAGCUGAGAUCCUGGGAGCCCUACUCUCUGUGCUGUCCAUCUGGGUCGUGACUGGGGUGUUGGUGUACCUGGCAGCGGAGCGGCUGGUCUCUGGGGAAUAUGAGAUCAAGGGGGGCACCAUGCUGAUCACGUCCGGCUGCGCAGUGGCCGUGAACAUCAUAAUGGGGUUGACGCUUCAUCAGUCUGGCCACCACGGGCACAGCCACGACGGGCACAGCCAUGACACCAGCCAGCAGCAGGAGAACCCCAGUGUCAGAGCUGCCUUUAUCCAUGUGAUUGGGGACUUUCUGCAGAGCUUGGGUGUCCUGGUGGCAGCCUAUAUUUUAUAUUUCAAGCCAGAGUACAAGUAUAUAGACCCCAUCUGCACUUUCCUCUUCUCCAUCCUGGUCCUGGGGACGACCUUGACCAUCCUGAGAGACGUGAUCCUGGUGCUAAUGGAAGGAACCCCCAAGGGUGUGGACUUCACAGCUGUGCGGGAUCUGCUUCUGUCGGUGGAGGGGGUGGAGGCCUUGCAUAGCCUGCACAUCUGGGCGCUGACCGUGACCCAGCCAGUGCUGUCUGUCCACAUUGCCAUCGCUCAGAACGCAGACGCCCAGGCUGUGCUGAAGGCGGCCAGUGCUCGGCUGCAGGGGAAGUUCCACUUCCACACCAUGACCAUCCAAAUAGAGGACUAUUCUGAAGACAUGAAGGACUGUCAGGAGUGCCAAGGCCCCUCAGACUGAAUGUGGACAGGCACCAACUGGGGCAAGGGCAGGACUUGCAGGUGGUAGGGCCAAAGGUCCCCCAGGCCCAGCCAGGACUCUGCCUCCCCUGGCCAUUCUAUAAAGCAGGUCCCCCUGCUCACCUCUGCUCCAUGUUCAGUAUGGAAAAGCCUUGACUCACUCUAGGAACAGGGCUCUUCCUCUGCCUCCCUGUCUGACUAUAGCCUUCCCUAGGGUGGAGGCGUGGUAGUUAUAAAAUCAGUGUGACCCUGCUCCCCCAGCUCCUGAGUCUGAUCUUGGCAGGGCUGGGUUUGGAUCUAAUCCUCAGUUAAAGCCAUCCCACCACCACCAGUGGGCAGGGCAACGAGGCACAGGGCUGGAGGAUAGAAGGGGAGGCAGGCCUCAACAUCCUCUAGUCUCCCUGCCUUGUUUCUCAUUUUCAGCCUGUCCAGCCUUUGCCUUAUGUAUCUGUACAGAAUCCCUGGGACAGAGCCCCUCCCUCCACCUAACAGUAUAGUCUGAGGGGGCUACAGGGGUUGGGGAGUUGUGAAGACCCUGCCCUCUCGUAAGAGCCUCUCUGAGACAGGGAGCUAGGGGGCACCUGAGGCUUGGCUGUGCCUUAGUCAUAUCAGCUGUGAGCCCAGGGUUUUUCCCUUUCCUGGAGGGGGGAAGCUUCUUACUAGUUAAGGACGUUUCUCUCUGGCAGGGUUUACUCCUUCCUCAUUCCCCCAGCGCAGGCAGCUGUGACACAGGUGAUGAGAGGUGGGGCAGAGAUUUCAACCGGGGCUUCCCUAACAGCCUCAUGGCUCCUGGGCUACUCCUCCUGCCUUGGUGCUGUCCCAGGGUAUGGGGGAGCCUGAACAGAUAUGACUGGGUCAGCUCUGCUGCCAGUGUGGCCUGACCUGGUCAGAGUCUGGGGACAAGGACAAAGAGGGGGCCCUGGGCCAACUGGGAGAGGAGACACUGGCUUCCUGGGGUUUGUGUGCAGAGACUCCUGAAUUAGGGAGCUAAGGGCCAGGGGACCUGCCCCCAGUCUCAAAGAGGCAACAUGCCCCGUCAUCAGGGAGCCCUGGGUCUAAAAGUCUGUCUCUGCCAUUAUAAGCGAGUGGGCCUCGGUGCCUCAUUCUUAUUUGUAGAGUGAGAAUGGUAACACCCGCUUCACUGGGUUGUUGUGAGGAUUAGAGCCAAUGUAUGUGAAGUGCCUGGUGGUUACUGACAUGUGCUGGUCAUUUCUGUCAUCCAGGAAACACGGAACUUGGGGGCUUGAGGCUGACUCACUGAAGGUCCAGGCUAGGUGGGCGCCUCAGCCUCCCUGGGGGCAGCGCUCAAUUCCUCUUGACUGCCCUGACUCACAGCAGGGAGUGGGGUGUGGGUCACUCUUAACCCCCUGCAUCUCUGCUUUCCCAUCUUUGUGCCUUUCCAGCAUGUCAUCUGGGGCUGCCGGAGAUCUAGGUCAGUGGGUUCAUCAAAACCCCCCCUUCCACUCCCAGUUGGCCAAGAAGUCAUUAGCGGUGGCCUUGAAGUGUGGGAGGUACUGCUGGGGGCCAUGCACCUAUCUACUCAAUCUCAGGGGAAUCAAACCAACUCCUCCACCCCCAGCCAUGGCAGGCCCUAGGGUCCUGGGCUUUGCUGAGUGCCAAGUCCUACACCCCCUUCAAGAGAGAGUCAUUACUGUUUCCCAUUUUGGCAGAUGAGAAAAUAGGCUCAGAGGGGUUGAGUUGCUUGCCUGAAGUCACACAGCCAGUGUGAGGCAGGUCUGGGAUUUCUGCCUCAUUCCCGAGGCAUCCCCCCAUAGCAGAGGCUGGGGAUCUGCUCUGGGCUGCAUGUUGGUACAGUGUGAGUUCAAAGUCUGAAAGUGCCCUCCCCGUGGUCAAGGCCGGUCUUGGCAGGUCAGUGGCUAGGGUGCUGCAGCUGCACCGUUGGGGAGGGGAAACGUGCCUCUUUCCCCUGGCUGGGCCUGGCCCUCAGAGCCCUCGCCACCGUGGGAAGCCUGCCUGGGCUGCAGCUGUGUGCGUCCUCACCCACCCUCACCUGUUCUCACCUCGGCGCCAGCCUGCUCCCUCCUCCCUUCCAUUUAGCUCCCAAGCCCCCUCCACCCCAAACAUCUCACAGCCCCAGGCCUCCCAAGGGAGAGACCUCUGUGUUCUACAGCUGUGACCCACUCCAGGGAGGACUCGGGUCAUCCUGGGGCAGAGGUCAACCUGGAGGAUGGCAGAGGGAAGCCUUGGAGAGGCCUUUGGGAACGGCAUGUUCCUGCCAGGAGCUAGUCAGGAGAGUUUCCAAAGUUGUGAGGCCUUCCAAGCGGGAACACACCCGACACCCUGGGUCUGGACCGGACCCACCACCCCCUCCCCUCUGGAAGCACCCCGCGCCCAAGCCCGCCUCCCACGCGCAGCUGCUGCAAGGGUAUUUAUAGCCUGAGCGUGAGGGGGCCGGGACGUGCGCUUUAUUUCGGAGGUGAUAAUUCCAGUUCCAGGUGGGUGAACCCGGGAGAACCCAGGGCCCCCUCCCUCGUUCCACCCUCACCUCCAAGAGCAAUCAGGACAGCCCCUACUCCCACUAAUCCACCCAGAAAUGACCCCUUAUUAUUGAGUCCCAAGGGUAAGGGCCAAAGGGGUGGGGCCCUUUCAGAUUCGUCCCCUCAGGGUUCAGACCUGGGGCUGCACACACCGCCCACCCUCUACUCCCCCUGCCGGCUUUCUGACUCGGUGGGUGUUUAAAACUCCAUUUUCUUUCGGGGAGGCGGGAGCGCGGUGCUGACCUCUUGCGGUCAAGGUCGGUAAUGCAGGGCGCGGUGUCAAGCCGGAACCCGGGGUUCUAGGCGGGAUUGGGGGGAACCGCCUACCUGCCUUCCCAUCCUCCUUUCUCCUCCCCGCCCUCCGCUCCGCGGGGAAGGAAGCCCCGAAACUCUCCUCCUAGAGCUUCCUUGCUCCUUUACCGGGGCGCAAGGAUUGGGCCUGGCGACCUAGAUGUCUGUGGGUGGCCACUUUCCUCCCGGACUGGGAAUCCCGGGGCGUGGAGGGUAGAGUUUUGUCUCUCUGCACGCCCUGUUCACACGGCAUGCAGUAGACGCCCAUUAAAUGUCUGUUCCAGCUAUCUAUUCGUCAAUUAUCUGUCGUGCACCUGCCAGGCCAAGGAGAAGAGGACAGGACCUUGCCUCCCGGGGUUCCAGGGUCAGUCCUGGGGCCUGCAGGUGUAAACACUGCAAAACAGCAUGAACAGUGCUGGGACUGCGGGAAGCCCUAGGCUCUGAGAGCACAAAGGAAGAGACCAAGCCCGUCCGGGGGCGGGGAAGCCAACUCCCUGGAGGAGCUGAGGGUCUGAAAAGCAAGCAGAUGUUAGCUUAGUGGA